GAGCGGUGCGGAACUUCCAUCAAACAUGGACGACCAGCAGCAGCAGCAGUAGCAGGGUGAAAAUGCGAAAACAGUGUUUGGUCAUCCUGGCUGUGGUGAAAGUGGUUGUGACGACCUGUGAGAUGGAACGGACCAGAUUGUCGUGAAAGUGUCCAAAAAAAUGUACGGAAACACGGAUUGUGUGCAUCUGGGUUCGCUCCGUUUGCUUGAUAAACAUAACCUCUAACCGCAGGGAUUCCUGCUUACCACAGCCGAAACCCCGUUUUCUGCUUUGAAAUUGAUGUUUGUCCGAUGACAAGAGAGGGUGGUUGAUUGUGUAAAGCACGACUGUUCAGCAGGGGCCGGCAAGAUUUAAAAUCAAUAUCAAUAUGUGAUAAUCCGCACUCCACAGCGUCGAUACGGUGGCGUGUGUGUCGCCACCCAACAAGCGCGGUCAACAUGUCGGUGCACUACAAGUUUAAGAGCGCCCUCGACUUUGACACGAUCACGUUCGACGGGUUGCACAUCUCGGUGGCCGACCUGAAGAAGGGCAUCAUCCAGCAGAAGCGGCUGGGCAAAACGGUCGAUUUCGAUCUACAGAUUACGAAUGCGCAAACGAAGGAAGAAUACAAUGAUGAUAAUAUGCUGAUACCGAAAAACACGUCGCUCACGAUAGCGCGCGUGCCGGUCAAGAACACAGGGAAGAAGAACUGGGAAAAGGCCGCGGCGGCGGCGGCCGCUGCGGCCGAGGCGAAUGCACCGUCGUCGGCACCGCGCGGCAAGCACGAUGCGGCCAGCUCGCAAACCAACGUCGACCUGUCGAUGAUGAACGGGACGGAGGAGGACAAGAUCCGGGAGAUGAUGUUUCAAAGCACGGCCGAAUACGACCCGACGAAAUUUAAGCACAGCUAUCAGAAGGUGCGCGGCACGCAGACGGGCGAGGUGCCGAUGAACUACAAGUGCUACCGGUGCCACAAGCCGGGCCACUGGAUCAAGAACUGCCCGCUGGGGCCACUGCCGAAGGAAAGCAUCGAGGUGAAGCGCACGUCCGGCAUACCGCGCUCGUUCAUCGAGCGCGACAAGGAGGUGGGCAACAAUCCGGCCAUGCAGCCGGUGCAGAUGCCGCCGGAGGAGAAGCAGUCCAUCCCGGAGGAUCUGAUCUGCGGCAUCUGCAAGGAUCUGUUCACCGACGCGGUCAUGAUACCGUGCUGCGGCAGCUCGUUCUGCGACGAGUGUGUGCGGACGGCGCUGCUCGAAUCGGAGGACAACGAGUGUCCGGACUGCAAGGAGAAGGGUUCGUCGCCCGGGUCGCUCAUACCGAACCGAUUUUUGCGCAACUCGGUCAACGCGUUCCGCAACGAGACGGGCUACACGAAGUCCCAACCGAAGGCUAACGUUGGUAAGAAACAAACCAAACCGGAAGAAACACCGACUGCGGACAGUACCACUACGACCAGCGGUGGUGGUAUAACGUCCUCUUCCUCCAUACCAUUCGGUGGUGAAGGGGGUCAGCAGGGUGCCCCCAUCGUCAGUACGAUUUCCACCACUACCACCACCACCGAGCUGGUGGAAUCGUCCACGUACGAAGAGGAUGGUGCGGGUGGUGGUGGAGCGCGCGAUGCGGAUAGCAAUCUGCAGCCGCAGCUGUUUGACGAAAUCUCCCAGCAGGAUGACAUCGGUUCGCCGGGCCGUGAAGAGAAGGAGGCGAUGGUGGCGGGCGGCGGACCGACCGGCGGGUUUGACAAUGAGUCGGACUAUGAGGACAACAUUACCGUUACGGUGCCGCCGGCCCACCUCCAGAGCCGGGGUGCGUUCCGCGGCCACUACAAUGGCGGGCGGCCGAUGCGCCACGGCGGACGGCUGCACGGGCACGAUACGCCACCGAACGAGCGGCAGAUGGUGGCGAAUCAGCAGCAGCAGCAGCAGCAGCUACAGCAGGGCUAUGGUGGUGUUGGCGGGAAUGGUAACAAUGGUGGCCGCGGCAACGAGCUGAUGGAGCGGGAGCAGCGUGAAGACGACCAUCACCGCCGUCGAAUCUUGAUGGAGGAGAAGGAAGGCGAAGGGUACGGUGGAGCCGGCCCGAAUGCGGGCUUGUUGGGCGAACGGGGUCGUGAGUACGAUGAGCGAUCGCCGGAGUACAUGCACGGAGGAGGAGGAGGUCGAGGAUUGAUGCCCCAUCCGCAGCAUAAUCAUCCGCAGCACGUGCAGGCGAUCGGAACGGCCAUGGGACACCCGGGCGGUGGUGCGUACAUGGGACCGGGCAACGGUGGUUACGGUGGCCACGUCGGCCACCCACAGUACGCGGGCGCGGGAGGUGCAGGAGCGUACGGAAUGCAGCAGGGAGGCGGUUAUCCGCCACAGCAGCAACAGCAGCAACAACAGCAGCGGGGAUACGACCAUCAUGGCGGAAUGUAUCCCGCGGACCGUCCGCCGAGGAUGAUGUAUCCGAUGCGGGGUGGGGGGUAUAUGCAGCACCAUCCACCCCACAUGCGACAGCGUCCGAUGGGACCGGGACCGAUGGGUGGCGGCUAUCAGACCGUACUUCAAACGAUAGGGCCAGGCGUCAUCGACGAUCCGCUCGAAGCGUUCAACCGAAUCAUGCGCGAGAAGGAGCUGCGCAAAAAGCAGGAACAGCAGCAGCAGCAGCAAAUGCGCCGCAACCGUUCGCCGAUGGGUGAGCGGGGCCGUCGCUCACGAUCCUUCGACAACGGUGGUCGGGGCGGUGGCCCACGGGGCAAUUCCUCCGAUCGGAGACGCACCUCGCGACAGCGGUCACCGGAUAGGCGACGGUCGCCCGACGAUAAGCACCAUCCGGACGAGCGGGACCGGGUGCGAGAGCGGCGCCGGAAUCGGUCCAGCUCGUACAGCUCCUCGCGCUCGCGCUCUUACACGAGAUCCAAAUCAAGGUCGCCCAUGAAGCGGAACAAGUCGCCACGGAAACGGUCACGCAGCCCACCGGGCGGCUACAGAGAUCGACGAAGCCGAAGUCGGUCGGGAUCGUUUGCGGGAGGAAUGCGAUACAGAGACCGUCGUGAUGAUCGACGUCCGGGCGACUUUAAUCGCGAUCGAUCGCCUGGAUUUAAUCAAAACUUUGGCUACGGCAAUCGUCCUCCCCGAGGCGGCGGUGGCCCAAGAGGAGGUGGUCGGGCUCGUGGCAACAGUCGGGACGUUGGUGGACCGAUGCAGCAUUUCCCGCCCCGAGGCUAUGAUCGUCACCAGCCACCCCUGUUACCGUUACCGGGCGGACGGCCGGACGAGAUGCAGCCAGGCUUCCUGCACGGGCAGCAUCAUCUGCACGACUACCGGGACGGACCGGGCGGGGGCCAGCAGCAGCAGCACCAGCAGCAGCAGCACGGCGGCAAUAUGAUGAGCGGCGGUGGGCCAGCAACAGCCUCGAUGCAAUCGGGUGGCGGUGUUGGUGGCGCGAUGGCUGCCACACAGUCAAACAGGUAUCCGGGUCGUGAUGAGCGUGAACGAAGUGUCGGUAGCUACGGAGGUGCCAAGCAAUCGUCGGACUUUGGCGAAGGAGGGGAGCAGCAUCAUAUGCAGCAUCCGAACGUACCGCCUGGCGGCGAGCAACGGCACAGAACAAGCCGACAGUCCAGCCGGCAAUCUUCUCCGAUGGGUGGUGCUCAUCAGCAAGGCGUCGGACAUCAAGAUCCUGCGCAGCGUGGUAGGGAGGGCGAGUGGCCAGAACACACUGACGAUCCCGCCUACCACCACCAACACCAUCAGCAGCAGCAGCAUCACGCUGAUCGGCCGAGUCCCGAGUCGAAGGGCGCCCGCGGUACGUCCGAACAGCGGCCAGCGUCAAUGGCCAGCGGUAGUCACGGUCGGGGAAGAUCACGUUCGCGCGACCGCAAGCGUCCUCCCCCGACCGGGACCGGUCAGGAUGGGUCCGAUCGGGAUGGUGCGGAUCGCAGAAGGCACCGAUCGAAACGGUCCGAGUCGGCGGAGCGGCACGAACGAUCGAACCGAGGCUCCCGUUCGGCUGGCGGCGGCGGUGAACAUGAGCGGGACAAGCAGGACCGCAAACAUCAGCCCUCGGAGAAAGACAAGCGCAGCGAGCCGGUGGACCAGCACGGCCGGCGGGGAGGAGACGAGCGUGACCAUCAUCAUCGGGAACGGGGCAAGGAACGGGGCGAGAAUGAGCGCGGCGGUGAUCACCAGCGUGAUCGCGAGCGGGAGCGCGAUCGAGACCGGCAGCGGGACCGUGAGCGGGAGAAGGAUCGCAACAAGGAGAAGGAGCGGGGCGAUCACGCCGAACAUCAUGAUCGCGACCGGGACCGAAGGAAGGAGAAGGAGCGCGAAAAGGAGAAGGAAAAGGAACGCGAGCGGGAGAAGGAACGGGAGCGCGAAAAGGUACGCGAAAAGGAGCGCGAGAAGGAAAGGCUGCGGGAUAGAGAAAAGGAACGGGACAAGGAAAAGGAUCGCGAACGGGGUGAGAAGGAUCGAGAGCGGGAAAAGGAUCGCGACAAGGAAAAGGAUCGCGACAUGGAGAAGGAUCGCGAGCGGGAAAAAGAACGCGAGAAGGAGCGCGAGAAGGAGCGCGAGAAGGAACGUGAGAAGGAGCGUGAGAAGGAGCGUGAUCGCGAAAAGGAUAAAGAUGGAAAGGAGGUGUCCAAGAAGAAGACGCGCGAUUCGAGCGACGAAGAUCGGCGUGACCGGAAGAAGGAUCGCGACAAGAAGAAGCGCAAGAAGGAGAAGGAGGUGGAGAAGCGCAAGCACAAAAAGGAGCGCAAGGAGAAGGACAAGGAGCGCCGGUCGAAGGAUAGGCGCAAGGAGCGCAAAACGGUUGAGAAGGAGGAACCGGAUAGCUCGCAGCAACCGGCCACACCGACGGCACGGGAGCGGGAGGAAGGCGGCAAGGCCGGCGAAGAGCGGCGGGACGAGCGGGAGCGUGACGAAGCGCGAUCGGCUGAAGAGGGAGACGAUAAUGCGCGGCAGGGAAGUGUUGCCAGUGAGGAUGGCAAGCAGGAGAGCGAUUCGGGUGAGUCUGGCGCAGACGAUGACGAUCGUAGCAACGCUGAACAGCUCGAAGACGAGCAGCAGGAGCAGCAGCAACACCAGCAAGAGGAGGAACAGGAACAGCAGGAGCAUGAAGAGCACCGGCACCAUCAACAGCAGGAAGCGCAUAUCGAUGGUCACGAUCAUGGCGAUUUGUAUUCGGACAUACCGGAUAGGUAUGAAGCGGAUCAGCUGGAGCUGUCCGUGCUGGCGGAGGAGGGCGGUCAGGCCGGCCCAGUCGAGGACGAUGGUGCGGCAGGGCUGGCAGACAGUACCGGGGACAGCCAGGAGAAACCGGUGGCCGACAGUGACGCGGCCAGCGGCGAGGGUGGCAUGCUGAUGAAGCGGUCCGAUUCUGUACUGGAUCUGCACGCCAAUCUCGACUACGAGCAGGAGCUGGACGAAAGCUUGCAGCUGCAUUCAUCCCAGCCGAAGGAGGAGGAGGACCACGAUACUGUCAUGCCCGAGCUGUCCAAGUGGGAGAUGGACGAGGACGGACAGAUUAAUUCGUCCACCGGCGAGGAUGGGCAGGAGGGCGCCUCACCCGAGGAUGGAUCGGCCGGUGGGGACGGGGACGGCCUGCAGCUGGCCACUGGCGGCAAGGUAACGAGCGAGGUGCUGAAGCGAGCCGAAAAUGCAAUCUUCACGCGUGCCAUUAACGCGAUACGGCCGAUUGAGAUUAAGAAGAUCAGCGGCGAUCGGCAGAAGCUGUACACGGGCGGCAGUGGCAGUGGCAACGGUUCGCCGACCCGGUUACCGUUGGACGUGAAGCACGCGCAGGAACACGACGAGCUGAAGCGCUUCCAGGUUACUGUACCAGUGAACGACGAGCGAGCGGAACGUUCGGUGGAGAUAAAGCAGAUGGCCGAUCUGAAGGUGGAAACCCGUUCCUCGCCGAUGCGCACCUCUGUUAAAGAGCGCCUGGGCAGCAAGGUGCCGGACAAUGCGUCCCAGUUCAGUCGGUCACGAACUCCACCCACCAACCGCAAACCGGGCGGCUCCUCGAGCAACAACAACAACAACAACAACAACACCAGCAACGAUGGCAACGGUCGCGGAAAAGCGUUCUCGGACCGGCGCCGCGGUUCAUCCCGCAGCCGCAGUCGAACGCGGGACGAUUCGAAGCGCGUCGACCGAAACCGGUCCGGCGGAAGGCACGAGAGUGGCAGCGGUGGCAGCAAAAAGCCAUCGGAAUCGUCCAACCGAAGGGGACGCGAUGAUCGGCAGCGCGACGACGAUCGACAGCAGCGUGAUCGUAAAGAUGCGGAACCGAGGCGAAACAGCCGGGAAAGGAGUGACAAUAGGAAAACUGAGCAGCAGCAGCAACAACGUGGACGUAGCCGUGAUCGAGAGCGGGAUCGCGAUCGGGGUGAUAAUCGUGGUCGCCGUGGGGACAGCCGCGAUCGUAAGGGUACCGUGUCGCCGAGUGCGAAAAAGGGCAGCGAUCGCAAGGACGCCGACACGCAUCAACGGGGUGGCAAGCGAGAGGACACGUCCGCCGGUCGUGUGUCAUCGUCCAAGUCGGGUCACCGGGGGGAGGAAGGUGCGAAAGGAGGCCGCGGAGACGAGAAGAACGCAACGGCUCCCAGUUCGACGACGGGCUCGACCACCGGUGGCGAACGGCAAAGGGGUGAACAUUCGCCGGCCGAGCGACAGUCCCGCAAACGUUCGGCAGAGCACCUGCGGGAGGGUUCGCCUGAACGGGGCAGCGGUCAGCAGGACGAGGCAGCGAAGCGGGACGCUAGCAGUAGCAGUAAGCGCACGAAGGUGGAAAAACCUUCGUCUGGGAAGGGGAACAAAUCCGCUGCCGGGGGCAGCUCGAGCGAUACGACCAGCUCCGAUUCGGAAUCUUCCUCAACGGACAGCAGCCCCGAUACGGAUGCCGGUGGUGGUGGCGGGGGCACCAGCAGCAAGAAGCGCAAGAAGCGAAAGCACAAGAAGGAGCGCAAGCGUGCCAAACGUUCCGCUGCGACGACGGAAACGGACGACGAAUCCGGCGGGAAGCGCAAAAAGUCGAAAAAGAAAUCGAAAUCGUCGAAGAAGAAGAAAAAAUCCAGCAAACACAAAAAGGACUAGAGCUCGGGACGGGGAAGGAGAGCGUAGCGUAGGGUAGUGCGUACGGAUGAUACUUACGUACAUGCUUACUUGGGCACGCUUAGGGAGGUUCGCCCUCCCGUGCUUCGUGCGUUGACCGACGAUCCGAUCGAUCGAUCGACGAAGGGAGUUAGGUGUGUGGGUGAGCAUCGUUUUACAAGCAGGAUUUUGUCUAAUGUACCACUACGGCCAGAGCUAGGGGAAUUAUUAUAGGGGCGUAGUUUGCAUUUCUUGGUCUGAAUAUGAGUGUGCGGAAAUAAUGGAAGACACAGAAGGAGGGCGCGGGGGGCAUAUAUUAUGAUAAUUAAUUUGAAGAUAGUAGAUAAUUAGUAAUUUUCCCAUUUCCGUGACGGACACAAGAGUAAUGCUAGCAAUUGAACUCACACACACUCUCUCUCCUUAGCAUUUUACGGAAGACGGAAGAAUAGCAAAGCGAAAACAGCUCUUAUACUCUGUACAUUUUGAAACUGUAUUAAACGAUGCACAGGCGGCGAGGGUUUAGCUUUGAAUUAAUAUGCACUUAACCCCCUUCUCCCUCGAGCCUGGGCCGUGUCUCUCGAGGAGCUACCACCGGGGUGGGAGGGAGUUGGGUAAACCAGGCUGCGCGCAAUGUACGUAUUCCAAAAUUUAUCGGCUAAAUAAAGAGUGUAAGGUACAUCUAACUACUAGAA